AUGAAAUUCUUCCGCAAAAAGAAGAAGCAACAGCAACAGCCACAGCAACAGCUUGUCGAGAGCCCAGAGCCAAAGCCAUCAAUCGACGAUGAACCUGUGAUCAUUGAUGCAAUCGGUUCCAGCGGCUCGGAAAAGGAUGGAUCUGAUCCACCAAGUGCAAGCAAUGACAUCGAAAAGUCAAGCGCCUAUCUCCGUCAACAGGAUGAUGACGAAGGAGAAAUUAUGGGCAAGAUUCCAAAGUUCCUCCUUCCAAAAGGAGUGACUGACAUUAAGAAGGAGAAUGCCAUGAUCGGUGCAGCCAUCCUAUUUCUAAUGUUCAUUCUUCUUAUCGUUGACGCGACUUCUAGCGAAACGAAAACGCUACACGAAACUGGAAAUGGAGGAUCUUUCAAUCCCAAUUUCUUCUACGCCUGGAAGACCAAUGUUGCCUUCAUCGGCAACAUCAACUUUGUGUUGAAUGACAUUCCUCGUCUCACACAGUAUGUCUCUGGAAACAAGAUUACACAAGAUUCUUGUUUGCAUCAAAAGGGAAGUUUGCUGAAUAUUCUGAAAACAGGAAAUGGUAUGCUGGGCCGUUGGGCCACCAGUCCUGCUGUGAUGGCCAACAAUGGACUGUACGACUAUGGUGCUUGCAGUGUCCCACAACUGCUGUUGGGAUCCGAUGAUAGCCUCGUCUAUCGCAAUCAAAAUGGCGCCUUUUAUGACGAUGGAUACAAUCCAUGCCUGAACGAUGAAGACUAUUACUACUAUGAAAUUAGCGGCAAAAAUAGUACCAAGUCCUGGGACUAUGUGGUCAUGGCCGAUCAAGCCAAGCGCAUGUCGUUUGAUUUCUCAAGAGAACCAUCUUUGAUGGCUCUGAACUACACAUAUGCGCCCAUUCUAAACCAAGGAAGUGCCAAGCCGAUCAUUGUGCAACCGCAUGCUUUUUGGAGCAGCAACGAAAACAUGACUGGGCUUACCGAUGUUCCUACCUUUACAUCAAUGAUCUACAGCGGAGCACAAGAGUACAAGAGCUUUUUGGAUUCCUAUCUGUCAAGCAAGCAGAGUGCCCGCAUUGCUCCUGUUGGUAAUGCCUUUCUUGCUGUCUACGAUGACCACCCGGAUCUCUACAACAGCUUGUUCUUGUCUAGUGGUGUGCAGCCAUCCCCCAUUGGAUCUCUUCUCUACAGUUUGACGAUAUAUGCGUCCAUCUACAAGACUAUGCCACCUCGCAGCAAUGUCAUGAUGAAUGAUAUGUCACAACUCUUUAGUACGUCGAGAAAGGUCUAUUCGGAGGGUUCUUCGACCUUGCCAACGCAGCAACAAGCUAAAAUCUUGUACAAGGUUGCGAGGCGAGUCACCUUGAAGGGGUACAAAUCGAAAUCCUUUGUCGAAUCUUCCUCUUAA